AGCCUCCAUCCCCCCUUGUGUGAUUUUUGAGUGCUCCUUGCAUAUCUCUGGUUUCGUUAGUGAAAAUUUAGAAAAAUGCAGAAGCUUCCGCAAUCUGUUGAUUUUGCUCUAAAGGAGACCUCACCAAACAUUGGUGCGGGAUCUGUCACGGGCAAUAAACUUUCAUGCACCUAUGACCUUGUUGAGCAAAUGCAAUAUCUCUAUGUUCGUGUGGUGAAAGCUAGAGAUUUGCCUCUCAAAGAUGUUACUGGUAGUUGCGAUCCAUAUGUUGAAGUAAAGCUUGGAAAUUACAAGGGAGUCACUAAGCAUUUUGAGAAGAAAAGCAACCCAGAAUGGAAUCAGGUUUUUGCUUUCUCGAAAGAUAGAAUUCAAGCUUCAGUUCUGGAGGUGUUUGUGAAGGAUAAGGAUGUUGUCUUAGAUGAUCUGAUUGGUUGGAUGAUGUUUGAUCUCAAUGAAGUGCCAAAACGUGUUCCGCCGGAUAGUCCUUUGGCACCACAGUGGUAUAGACUGGAAGAUAGGAAGGGUGGUAAGAUUAAGUCUGGGGAGCUGAUGCUGGCUGUUUGGAUGGGAACUCAAGCAGAUGAGGCAUUCCCUGAUGCCUGGCAUUCAGAUGCAGCCAGUGUUGGUCCUGAUGGUGUUAACAACAUCCGAUCUAAGGUAUAUCUUUCACCCAAGCUUUGGUAUGUUAGGGUCAAUGUGAUUGAAGCUCAGGACUUGGUGCCUAGUGACAAAAGUCGGUUCCCAGAAGUAUUUGUGAAGGGCACCCUAGGAAAUCAAGCACUGAGAACCAGAACAUCUCAAAUUAAGACUAUCAAUCCAAUGUGGGAUGAUGACUUGAUAUUUGUAGCUGCUGAACCUUUUGAGGAGCCUUUGAUUUUGACUGUGGAAGAUAGAUUGGGACCAAAUAAAGACGAAGUUUUGGGUAAGUGUGUGAUCCCUUUGCAACUUGUGCAGAGGAGGCUAGACCACAAGCCAGUUAACACUAGGUGGUUUAAUCUUGAGAAGCAUGUGGUUUUAGAUGGGGAACUAAAGAAAGAAACCAAAUUUUCCAGCAGGAUUCAUGUGAGGAUCUGUUUAGAUGGAGGGUAUCAUGUUUUGGAUGAAUCAACUCACUACAGCAGUGACCUUAGGCCAACAGCAAAACAGUUAUGGAGGCCUAGCAUUGGGAUUUUGGAACUGGGGGUUCUAAGUGCUGUGGGGCUGAUGCCUAUGAAGACAAAGGAUGGCCGAGGUACGACAGAUGCUUAUUGUGUUGCUAAAUAUGGGCAGAAAUGGGUCCGGACAAGGACAAUUGUUGACAGUUUCACUCCGAGGUGGAAUGAGCAGUACACUUGGGAGGUUUUCGACCCAUGUACUGUCAUUACAGUUGGGGUUUUUGAUAAUGGUCACCUUCAUGGUGGUGGAGGGGGGAAGGACUCAAGAAUUGGGAAAGUGAGGAUUCGUCUAUCCACACUCGAAACUGAUAGAGUUUAUACUCAUUCCUACCCUCUUCUGGUCCUGCAUCCUUCUGGGGUGAAGAAGACGGGUGAAGUUCAGUUAGCUGUGAGGUUCACAUGCUCAUCUCUGGUUAAUAUGUUGCACAUGUAUUCACAUCCGUUGUUGCCAAAAAUGCACUACAUUCAGCCAUUGUCAGUGAUGCAGCUUGAUAGCUUGAGGCACCAAGCAAUGCAGAUUGUCUCGAUGAGGCUGAGCAGGGCUGAACCACCUUUGCGGAAAGAGGUUGUGGAAUAUAUGCUAGAUGUAGAUUUGCAUAAGUGGAGCAUGAGGAGGAGCAAAGCUAACUUUUUCAGAAUUAUGGGUGUUCUAAGUGGCUUGAUUGCUGUUGGAAAAUGGUUUGAUCAAAUCUGCUAUUGGAAGAACCCUCUGACUACCAUUUUAAUUCACCUACUUUUCAUAAUCUUGGUCCUUUAUCCUGAGCUAAUACUUCCCACAGUUUUCCUCUACCUUUUCGUGAUUGGACUAUGGAACUUCCGGUGGAGACCAAGGCACCCUCCUCACAUGGACACGCGGCUUUCUCAUGCUGAUGCUGCUCAUCCUGACGAACUUGAUGAAGAAUUUGACACAUUCCCAACUUCCAGACCAUCAGAUAUUGUCAGAAUGCGAUACGAUCGUCUAAGAAGUAUUGCAGGGAGGGUUCAGACUGUAGUAGGUGAUCUCGCAACUCAAGGGGAGAGAUUCCAGUCUCUGCUGAGUUGGAGAGACCCGAGGGCUACCACGUUAUUCGUGACAUUCUGCUUAAUUGCUGCCAUAGUUCUCUAUGUCACUCCUUUUCAGGUUGUAGGCCUUCUUAUCGGCAUUUAUGUGCUACGACAUCCCAGGUUCCGCCACAAGCUUCCUUCAGUUCCCCUCAACUUCUUUAGGAGGUUGCCUACAAGAUCUGACAGCAUGCUAUAAGCUAAGUUCUCCCCCCAGCGCAGCUCCUAUCAGCAAGGUGGAACAUGCAUCAAUUAGACAAGCACAUUCAUGGUCCAGAUAUAAUGUCUUUUUUUUUUCUUUUAAUCUAAUUCCAUUGGCAAAUUCCAUGAAUUGCAGCUUGUUUGUGUUUAUUCCCAGAAACAUUGGGGACAAAAGGAUGGUUUUGCUUGAAGGUUUAGUUCUUCAGUGUGUUAGGAGCUUUGUGGAUUUUA